UGCCUUUAUUUUAUUCAUUUAUUUUUAUGUGGUGCUGAGGAUUGAAUCUAGUGUCUCACGUGUGCCAGGUAAGCACUCUAUCACUGAGCUAUAGCCCCAGCCCUGUGAUUUUACCUUCUGAACCAGAAGACACACUAUAUACAUGGAAGCUGAAAACCACACAGGAUUAUCACAGUUCCUCCUCCAGGGCUUGUCCGAUGACCCUGAAUUGCAGCCUGUUCUCUUUGGACUGUUCCUUUUCAUGUACCUGGUCACCAUCCUGGGGAACCUGCUCAUUAUCUUGGCCACAAGCACUGACCCCCGCCUCCACACCCCUAUGUACUUCUUCCUCUCCACCCUGUCCUUCACUGAUGUCUGUUUAAUCUGCACCACGGUCCCAAAGAUGCUGGUGAACAUCCAGGCACAGAACAAGGACAUUUCCUACAUACAGUGCCUCACUCAGGUGUAUUUUUUUCUUCUCUUUCUUGGGAUGGAUAAUUUCCUACUGACUGUGAUGGCUUUUGACCGCUUUGUGGCCAUCUGCCACCCCCUGAACUACACUAUCAUCAUGAACCCCUGGCUCUGUGUCCUACUGGUUCUCGUGUCUUGGCUCAUCAUGUUCUGGGUCUCCCUCAUUCAUGUUCUGCUCUUGAAUCAACUGACCUUCUCCACAGGCACUGAAAUCCCACAUUUUUUCUGUGAAAUGUCUCAUCUUCUCAAGGUGGCCAGCUCUGACACCCUUGUCAACAACAUCUUUCUGUAUGUAGUGGCUGCCCUGCUGGGUGUGUUCCCUGUCACUGGGAUUCUCUACUCUUACUCUCAGAUUGUCUCCUCCUUAAUGAGAAUGUCCUCCUCUGUGAGCAAGUAUAAAGCAUUUUCCACCUGUGGAUCUCACCUCUGUGUGGUCUCCUUGUUCUAUGGAACAGGAUUUGGGGUUCACCUCAGUUCUGCUGUGACCCAUUCUUCUCAGAGAACCAUGAUGGCUUCAGUGAUGUACACUGUGGUCACCCCCAUGCUGAACCCCUUCAUCUACAGCCUGAGGAACAGGGAUAUGAACAGGGCCCUGGGGAGACUCUUCAGCAAAGCAGCUUCUUCUUUUUGAUGGAUCACUGACCUCAGAGCUAAAUGGACAUUGUAGUUCCCACGGCAAAUGUUGUGAAUUUCAAUAUUGUAGUUGUGUUUCUUCCCUAAAACACGUUUAAUUUCUUCUGUUUUACAUAACUUUGAUUUUGCAUAUUUUUGUACAUAUUUCUCUCUAACAACUAUCUCAGUAAUUUUUUUUUGAAUUUUCUUUCCUGUACACGGCCCAUAAAGUUCUACAUUAUGUGACUUUUCUUGUGUAAUUCCUAAGAUUUCCAACUUUAAAUGAAGAAUGUACAUCAAAGACUGACAUGAUUUCCUCAAAAUUAUUGCUUAAAUGUUA